UCCAAACCCAAUCUAGUCCACCUGCGACCUUGAUUAAAACAUCUAAACCGAUGAUGGAGUCCAGUACAACCGCAACCACAGCAAGAACAUCUCCUUCCAUGACAGUGGCAACAGACACAAAUAUAUUAACUACCUCUGCAUCUGUAAAUGAUUUUCAGACAACAACAAACACUGUAGUGCAGACAUCAAAAAAGCAAGAAAAAACACUUUCUCUUGGCACACAAUUACAAAACACCUCAAAGCAAACUAUGUUACCUGCAACAAAAAAGACACAAACUGGCACUACAGAGACAAGGAAAACACCUGCAACAGCAGAAUCAUCCACUGCUUCAGAACAACCUUUGGGAUCAACACACAAUGUGUCAGUGGAUGCUCAAACUCAAAGUGCCGCUGUGUUUUCAACUUCACAAAGUUCACCAAACAUUUCGAGUUCAACCGCACAACCAUAUGCUCCAGGUUCAGAGACUGCAAAAGCAUCUGUGCCAUUUACCCAACUUCCCCAAACUUCAACACAAACUGCUGGAUCUCGAAUAGUUCAAGCAACAACAGACACUGAUUCAGUUUCUGUUUCAUCAAGACUUACACAACACAAUACAGGGUCUUUGGAAGCUAACAAUACAGAUGCACAAACAAAAUCCAGCCCAUAUACGGUCAAAAGCCAAGCAUCUACAACAGGUGAUACCUCUGCAGAAAUAUUGGAGUCCACAAAAACAUCCACAGCAUUGUCUCCUCCAUCAGGUACUGAAAAAUCUGUGAUGACUCCUCAGGCCACAUUCCAAACCCAAUCUAGUCCACCUGCGACCUUGAUUAAAACAUCUAAACCGAUGAUGGAGUCCAGUACAACCGCAACCACAGCAAGAACAUCUCCUUCCAUGACAGUGGCAACAGACACAAAUAUAUUAACUACCUCUGCAUCUGUAAAUGAUUUUCAGACAACAACAAACACUGUAAUGCAGACAUCAAAAAAGCAAGAAGAAACACCUUCUUUUAGCACACAAUUACAAAACACCUCAAAGCAAACUAUGUUAACUGCAACAAAAGAGACACAAACUGGCACUACAGAGACAUGGAAAACACCUGCAACAGCAGAAUCAUCCACUGCUUCAGAACAACCUUUGGGAUCAACACACAAUGUGUCAGUGGAUGCUCAAACACAAAGUGCCGCUGUGUUUUCAACUUCACAAAGUUCACCAAACAUUUCAAGUUCAAGCACACAACCAUAUGCUCCAGGUUCAGAGACUGCAAAAGCAUCUCUGUCAUUUACUCAACUUGCCCAAACUUCAACACAAACUGCUGGAUCUCCAACGGUUCAAGCAACAACAGACACUGAUUCAGUUUCUGUUUCAUCAAGACUUACACAACACAAUACAGGGUCAUUGGAAGCUAACGUUACAGAUGCACAAACAACAACCAGCCCAUUUACCAUCAAAAGCCAAGCAUCUACAACAGCUGAUACCUCUGCAGAAAUAUCGGAGUCCAUGAAAACAUCCACAGCAAUGUCCCCUCCAUCAGGUACGGAACAAUCUGUGAUGUCUGCUCAGGCCACUAUCCAAACCCAAUCUAGUCCACCAGCGACCUUGAUUAAAACAUCUAAACCGAUGAUGGAGUCCAGUACAACCGCAACCACAGCAAGAACAUCUCCUUCCAUGACAGUGGCAACAGACACAAAUAUAUUAACUACCUCUGCAUCUGUAAAUGAUUUUCAGACAACAACAAACACUGUAGUGCAGACAUCAAAAAAGCAAGAAGAAACACUUUCUCUUAGCACACAAUUACAAAACACCUCAAAGCAAACUAUGUUAACUGCAACAAAAGAGACCCAAACUGGCACUACAGAGACAACAAAAACACCUGCAACAGCAGAAUCAUCCACUGCUUCAGAACAACCUUUGGGAUCAACACACAAUGUGUCAGUGGAUGCUCAAACACAAAGUGCCGCUGUGUUUUCAACUUCACAAAGUUCACCAAACAUUUCGAGUUCAAGCGCACAACCAUAUGCUCCAGGUUCAGAGACUGCAAAAGCAUCUGUGUCAUUUACUCAACUUCCCCAAACUUCAACACAAACUGCUGGAUCUCGAAUAGUUCAAGCAACAACAGACACUGAUUCAGUUUCUGUUUCAUCAAGACUUACACAACACAAUACAGGGUCAUUGGAAGCUAACGAUAGAGAUGCACAAACAACAACCAGCCCAUUUACCAUCAAAAGCCAAGCUUCUACAACAGCUGAUACCUCUGCUGAAACAUUGGAGUCCAAGAAAACAUCCACAGCAAUGUCCCCUCUAUCAAGUAGCACUGACUUUUUAAACUCGACGAUAAUACCGACAGAAGUUGGAGAGUUGACUACAUUGAGAGAGGAGGCAUCCACAGGACCAACAGGAGAACAUAUGGGAACCACACUGAACCCAGCUGAUGUCACAGCAUCUUUGGAUAUAUAUCCUGAAAUAACACCACAAACUAUAACAGCUACAGGAACAGCAGAUCAAUCCUCAGCUGCUUCCAAACGUUUAGAAUCUUCCAGCACAGAACAGCUAAGUUCCCCACGACCUCAAAGCAUCUCAUCGGUUCGAGUUAGCUCAUCAAGAAACACUUCAUUUCCAGAACUGGAUUCAUCCUCAUCCACAACAGAAGAAGCACAUUCAGGCAGUACUUCUCCUCAGGCUGAUAUAAAUAUGGAGAAGGCUACAACAAACUCCACAGAAACUGAGUAUGAAAGCAAACAGACAACGGACCCCAGUUUAUAUCUAUCUUCAGCUGACCUUGGACAAGCAAAUACAACACAACUGGAAUAUAAUACAACUACUUUGCCUGUUUUUCGAAACAGGAUGGUAUUUUUCAAAUACAGUCCUAGGGUUGUUGCUCUGAAGCCUUUGGUUUUCGAUUAUCCAGUUGUGGAGCGUAAAACAUUUUUGGCAAAUGACACAGACAAGAAGUGACAAGAUAACAUUAAAUAAGCAAUCAAAAUGUUUGUCACUGAGUCCAUGAACCUACAUUGUAAAUUACUUUUGAAAACAUUUGUCAUAUGUUGUCUUAUAUUUGGCUUUUGAGUUCAGACUGUAUAUUUCUUAAUUUCUUAAUUCUUUAUUUUAAAGUGUGUUGUGAUGUUGACAGGUUAUUGGCAAUAAUUGUAUUAAAUUUUGCUGAAAAGAUGUUUGAGCAACCUAAAGCUGGAGACCUACAUCUCAACUUGCCUCUUUUAUUUGGAGAAUCCAACCUUUAUAGGACUGUUGUGCUUUCUUUGUUUGUUUAUACUGGAAAGAGACUGCUACCAAAUGUAUCAAAAGUUCUCACCAAUUUUUCUAUAUGGUGUCAGUGUCAAUACAGAUUGUUGUUUUCAGUUGCCAUUAAUGAACACUUUGCAUAUCAAUAAGACAUUAGGCCAAUGGUAAUUGGCCAGACCUGCCACAGAUUAGAACCAAAGAUACUAAAUGAUACAGUGUUGGAAAAAAUUAUAUCACAGUCCGAUGACCUAAUAUUGUAUAAUCUUUAUUUUUCACACUGCUUGACUUAUUCGUUGGAGAACUUAUCUACCUUAUUGAGUAAUAAAAGGUUCCAAAUGUGUAAGAAAUGUAUCAUAAUGGAACAUAGUAAAGCCUUGAAUACAAAAUAAAACAACACACUUCUAUGUAGUGAAUGGAAAAUGGAAUUGCUUGGGCUUGUUUUAAAAGGGUAGAAAUAAUGUUUAACUUUUAACCAAUCUGUCCUUGUGAUUUGAUAGAAUUGACUUUGUGAAGUGCCUU